AUGCAGGAUGACUGCAUUUUUGAUAUUUAUUUACAGAAAGAGCAUAUACCAGAAGGAUUUUUCAUGUACCUUCUUAAUGAAAAGACAGGUUACAACUGUGAUGAUAAUUUGGGGCCCAAUUUACAAUUUGUUCAUAUAAUAAAGUUCUCCCAGAAAAAUGAAAAUUCCAAAGGAUUGCCAAUCAGAAGGUUCCAGCAUGUGCUGGCAUUGAUUUUUGCCUUGGAAGAUAUUAACCAUAACUCCAAGCUACUUCACAAUAUGUCAUUGCAAUUGCAUUCCAUUUCUAAGAUUUGUCGGAGUUUUUCAGUAUUUGGUAUUGAAGAUGAAUUUGCAAAUCUCAUGAAUGAUGCUCCGAACUAUAUGUGUGAACAGAAAGUAUGUCAGAUAGCACUUAUAGGACCCUCAUGGGCAGGAUCUGCCAGACUAGGACCACUCAUGCAACUCUAUGUAAGGCCACAGGUUACUUUCUUUAGAUUUCAUCCUACACUAAGUGACCGGGAGAAGUUUCCUUAUCUUUAUCAGGUGGCCCCCAAGGAUACAAACCUGCCCCUUGCCAUGGUUUCCUUGAUGCUUCAUUUCAUCUGGACAUGGGUGGAGCUGUUCAUCUCAGAUGAUGACCAAGGCUUUCAAUUUCUCUCUAACUUGAGAGUAGAAAUGCAGAGAUAUGGUAUCUGUUUAGCAUAUGUGAAUAUGAUCCCUUGGUUUUCAAAGCACAGCUUUGACAUAGACAUGGAUGAAGAGUUUUACAACAUCUACAAUGCUGUGUAUGCUGUGGCCCAUGACCUCCAUGAAAUGAUUCUUCAACAAGUAGAUUCUCAGAGGAUAGGAAAUGAGUUUAUGAAAUAUGUUUCAUGCACUCAGCUGCCUUCACUGUGCAGUGUGCCGUGCCGUCCUGGGUUCAAGAAAUCCCGUAAGGAGGGACAAGCAGCCUGCUGCUUCUAUUGCUAUUGGUGCCCAAAAAAUGAUAUUUCCAAUGAGACAGACAUGGAGCAGUGUGUGAAGUGUCCAGGUGACCAGUAUACCAAUGUACAGCAAACCCACUGCCUGCAGAAAUCUGUGAGCUACUUGUCUUAUGAAGACCCCUUAGGGAUGACACUUGCCUGCCUGGUACUCACAGUUCUUGUUCUUGGGGUGUUUUGGAAGCACCAAGACACUCCCAUCGUGAGGGCCAAUAACCGCACCCUCAGCUACAUCUUGCUCAUCUCCCUCAACUGCUGUUAUCUCUGCUCCUCACUCUUCAUUGGACGUUCCAACACUGUUACCUGCAUCCGGCAGGAGAUCACAUUUGGAGUUCUCUUCACUGUGGCUGUUUCCACUGUCUUGGCCAAAACAGUUACUGUGGUCCUGGCCUUCAAGGUCACCACCCCAGGAAGAAGGAUGAGGGGGCUAUUGGUAUCAGGAGCACCUAACUUCAUCAUUCCCACCUGCACCCUGGUCCAAAUUACUCUCUGUGCAGUGUGGCUCAGAACGUCUCCUCUCUUUAUUGACACUGAUGCACAAUCUAAAUAUGAACACCUCAUCAUCAUCUGCAACAAGGACUCAGUCACUGCCUUCUACUGUGUCCUGGGAUACCUGGGCUCUCUGGCCAUAGUGAGCUUCACUGUGGCUUUCUUGGCCAGGAACCUGCCUGACACCUUCAAUGAAGCCAAGUUCCUGACCUUCAGCAUGCUGGUGUUCUGCAGUGUGUGGGUCACCUUCCUCCCUGUCUACCAAAGCAGCCAAGGGAAAUUCAUGGUGGCUGUGGAAGUCUUUUCAAUCCAGGCCUCCAGUGCUGGGUUACUGGGCUGCAUUUUUGUCCCCAAGUGCUACAUUAUUUUGCUACAACCAGAUAGAAAUUCUCUUCACAAGGUCACAUGUAAAAUCAAUUCU